AUGGCAGAAGCACAAGAUCAAGCACCCCAAGUCGAACUUGCGACAGCGCCGGAGCACCAGGAUGUGCAAGAAGCAUCCGAACACACCCUUACAUCUCUCACACCACAACUGGAGAGCCCUCCCUCUCAAGAAGGAUCCGAGGAGGGUGAGAUGGCCGACACAGAGGGGGCCCCUACAGACGGCGAUGCGCCGCCGCUACCUGAUGAGCCAUUGCCUGACGAUGCUCCGCCUCUUCCUGACGAGCCUCUACCUGCCCCGGUCCAGGAAGAUGAUGGCUGGUCAGCUCAGCUGGACCCCACUACAGGAUGCUGGUACUUUCUCAAUAGCUACACUGGCUUGUCGCAGUGGGAGAACCCGCGUAUCCCGACCAACAUUCCAAGUCAACAGUAUGCCCCAGGCACUGGCCCGACAUCACAAGCUCCUGGUACCGAAGCUGUCACAGCACCUCCGCCUCCUCCAAGAGAGCCAUACUUGGGCUACAAUCCAAAGAUACAUGGUGACUUCGACCCGAAUGCAGACUACGCAAAGUGGCAUGAGGAACACCAGACGGAAGAGUGGGCCGCAUCGGAAGCUGCUCUGGCACAACAACAACAACCAACUGCAGCAUUCGAGCAGGCUGGCACUUUCAACCGCUUCACAGGAGCUUUCCAAGCCGCCGACAAGGGCGCGGAAAACCACAAUGAUGAGAACAAGUCAAAGCGCCAGUUGAAUGCCUUCUUUGACGUAGAUCGCGCUGCCAACGCUCAUGAGGGUCGCUCUCUCAAAGCAGAGCGCGCCAAUCAAAAGCUGAGCAAGAAGCAAGUCAAGGCCUUUAAUGAGUCGCGACGUGCCAAGAAGGAACAAAAGCGCCGCGAUUUUCUCAUGAAAGUCUACUUCGCUUCGUUUCGUCCGGAGCAGCUCUCACGACCAAUGGACAUGUACAACGAUCAAGUGGCAGAAUUUUGA